AUGAAUGUACAAGUAGAUAUUGGACCACUUGUUUCCCACUGCUUGGUAACUUAUAAAAAUUCAAUUUACAUUUUCGGAGGAACAAUAGGAUGCAGCAAAUUUGCAUUGACCAAUUUUUUUCAUUAUGCAACGCCACCAUUUUCGCAAGGUCAAAUCUCAUGGCAACCACUUUCGACAGAAAAUGUUAAAAGUGUUACGGAUGCCGGUUGUAUCGUUGACGAAACUCGUGGCCUUUUCUUCGUAAUCGGUGGCCGAGAUUAUCUAAAUAAUACUUGUCCUGGUAUACAAAUUUACGAUUUUAACACUCAAAGAUGGAAUGACCCACAGUAUUCACAAAAUUUUAUACCAAACGAUUUUGUAACUGAUUGGUGGGGACCACGCGCAGUAUGGUUGCAACCAGGUCUUAUGUUUAUGUGGGGUGCGAAUUCUACAACACAGGGUUCAUAUUUAUUAGAUAUAAAUGUUAAUCCAUGGCAAUGGACAAUCUUAUCUGAUAAUAAGAGUAAUAUUGUUCCAACUAAAUGCGCUGGUGUCGUUGCAGUCAAAGGAAAUGCAUUCAUAUUUGGUGGUUUUGAUAAAUAUAAUUCCAUCAAUCCGACUACUUAUAUUUAUUCACCAAGAUAUGGAUUUAUAAUUCCUCAAUUUCAAUUGCCAAUCCCAUUUAAUGAUGGUGUUGUGGGUGUUUGGAAUAAUAAACUUACUAUUAUAAUGAUGGAUACCAGGGGAACAGUUAUGCAGGCAGUAAAUUUUGAUUUGAAAACUUUCAAAUUUGAUAAUGUUAUAUCGGCAUCAUACAUUCAAAACAUUACAACAACUCGAAAUCGAGGAUAUGGUGUUCAAUUUUUGUGGUCUGACUCAAUAUUUAUUUAUGGUGGUACAGCUGGAUAUUGCAGCCAACCUCUCCUUGAUACUUGGGUAGUUUACAAUAUGUCGAGUCAAAGAUGGGAAACAAAUUUUAGCGAUAAAAAAAGCACUAACUUCAUUAGCAAUGACCUUUCCUUGCCAAAAGUCAAUGAUCUCAAUAUUAAUAAUGAAGAUUCCGUGCUACCUAGUAAUGGCAUAGAUUAUGUGUCAUAUUCAACUAAUGACAGUAGUAAAACUUUAAUAAUUAUCAUCAUUAUUUUAUCUUUAAUUAUUCUCGUAUUUAGUGUGACGCUUUUGUAUUUGAAGAGGUUGGUUAAUCGAUACAAAGGAGGUAAAUUUCAAAUUAGUGAAAUAUCGUCGACAAGGGUGGUUGAUUGA